AUGAGCCAGCACCACGCAACCCAGCACCGACUCGACUCCAGACUCCAGACUCCAGACUCCAAGAACCCAGAACCCAAGAACCCAGAACCCAGAACCCACCCCCCGAGCGAGGCGCAACAGCAAAACCCUCCGCUGCCCACGCUAUGUCGCAGCAGUCAUAAUAAUAGGCCCAGUAAGGAGCCCAAUAGCCCAAGCAGCACGACCACGCUCCACCCUUCUGCACCAGAUAUGUAA